CGACAGUAAACGUUUCGAUUUGCGCGGAAGUAGUGUGACAAUAAGUUGUUGUACAGUAAACUGAAAGUACCUGAAAAGAAAGACAAAAAUGUCAGGAAAAUCGAAAGCAUUUACUAAAGAAGAAGAACUCCUUCUUCAGGACUUUUCACGGAACGUUUCAACUAAAUCUUCAGCUUUAUUUUAUGGAAAUGCUUUCAUCGUGUCAGCGAUCCCCAUCUGGCUCUUUUGGAGAAUUCAUCUGAUUGACAUUUAUGCUAACUUAAUUUCCUUCGUUCUGGUCACAUUAGCAAGCACAUAUGCUCUAGCUCUUGCAUACAAAAAUACAAAAUUUGUUCUGAAGCAUAAGAUUGCUGUAAAAAGAGAGGAUGCAGUAACAAAGGAAAUGAGCCGCAAGUUGGCAGAAGAUAAGAAGAUGAGCAAAAAAGAGAAGGAUGAAAGGAUUUUGUGGAAAAAGAAUGAAGUGGCUGAUUAUGAAGCAACAACUUUUUCAAUCUUCUACAAUAAUGCCUUAUUCUUAGCUCUUGUUAUUGUAUCUUCAUUUUAUAUUCUAAAGACAUUUACUCCAGCAGUGAACUACAUACUUUCAGUAGGUGCAACAAGUGCAUUAUUAGCACUACUAUCAACUGGAUCUCAAUAAUGUAUAAGGUGUGGGAUAUGUGACUUUAAUCAUUUAUUUCACCAGACAAUUCUGUGUGACUGCAAUUGUUUUGAUGAGUGAAUGAGUAUAUGUAAUAAAUUCAAUUCUAUUUAUACAAAUUUCAA